AUGACAACGGCGGAGGCGAACGGGUGCAGCGCCAGCCUUGCGCCAUCCGCUCAACUGUUUCCAGGAGAGUCAGAAGCUGGUCCCAGCAGUCGACCCGACAGUGGCCGCCACCACUGUCCGUACGAUGAAUGCACCAAGAGCUACAUCAAAGCAUCUAAGCUGGCUCAACAUGUUCGAAGUCACACAGGCGAACGACCUUUCGAGUGCAAUCACCCAGGAUGCGAUGCCAGCUACAUGCGAAAUGAGCAUCUCAAGGCGCACCAGCGCCGUCAUCAGGAUCCUUCCGAAAAGCCUUUUGCAUGUCAGGAAGAUGGAUGCAAUCUCAAGUUCUGGACCUCAAGUCAGCUCAAGAAUCAUGUCCAGGCUUGCCACGCUGACCAUCUAUCCUCCAUCACAGGCACAAGCACACAGGACUACCCAUGCACCGAGCCUGAUUGUGACUUAAGCUUCUAUAAGCGUAAGCAGCUGCGUCAACAUCUACGAGAUCAACAUGGCGGCCUUACUGUACCCGAUCAAAGUAUCGAUCCGAUUGGCUCGCACCCAGAACAUCCGGAGCUAUCUGCCGCGGAGCUCCCCUUUGCCUGCCAGCAUCCUGGCUGCGGAAAGCGCUUUCCCACCAACUCGAAACGCAAGACGCAUUAUCGGACGCACGAGGACGGCAGAUACACCUGCUCUAUGCAUCAUGAAUCACCACAAGAAGCCGCAAGUCCGGCUCAAGCACCCUACAUCUACACAUUCUCAACCUGGUCUGCAUUACAGUUACAUAUGAAGGAAGCACAUCCGCCAAUUUGUCCAUGGCCGGACUGCAGCAAGCAAUUUCAGCGUCAGGACAACCUUAGGACGCAUUAUCGAAGGCACGAGCAGCGCAAGCUACGACUAGAGAUUGAAGCAAAGGUGCUAGAAGGUAGUCUCGAGAACGAGCUCAACCAUCUACGAGCUGAGUCGUCAGACGAUAGCUAUGCGUCCUCGUCUGAUGAGGAGGAAGAAUCCACAUCUCCCGAAAGGCAUGGAGACAAGUCAGUUUCGAAGGCCGGAGGCGCAAACGGCAUCAAUUUACAUGCCGAUGGACUCACGCCAUCGGCACAUCCAUCAGACGAACUGCAGCUCUCGUCAACACGGCAGACAAGCCCAAGCACGACACCAACACAAUCUUCUUCCCUCACCGAAGAACAACUCGUGCACAAAGCUGCAAAACUGCAUACUACUCGACCACGCAGGGGCGGUGUAUUUCGGGAUCUAAGCUCUCCUGCUCUCAGCGUGGUCACCUCGCUGUCAGGCAGAACAGGCUCGGCCCUUCACGGGAGUGUCGCAACAUCAGUGACCAGCGGUCGAGACUCGUGCAAUGCUUUCGCGUGUACAUGGAAUGGAUGCAGUAAAGUUUUCACUCGCAAAUCGACCUUGUCCAUCCACGUUAGGACCGCCCAUCUCGGCGAAAGGCCCUUCGAAUGCUCUGACUGCGGUCGUCGAUUCGCGCACAAGCAUCUUGUCUCGCGUCAUCGUCGAGUCUGUACAGGUAUCCGUUCCUCGCCUGAGCAGACACCGAACGCUGGGAGCAGAUUGCGAUUUUCAACCUCUACCAACCAUUCUCCGGGUAACGAAAGCUUCGUCGGCUCUUCCAAAAGCGAGAACGAUGCCGAUGACGGGACGGACUCAGAUGCGUCUGCACAAGCGGCACUCAACGAUGAAUCUGACUCCAAUGGGGUGACUGCCACUGCUCAUGCUUGGCAACAGGCAACAUCCACGCUGAAACCUCGAUUGCUCGACCUGCUCACUGGUCAAGGCUAUUCAGCUGCCCAGAACGCAUCCUCGAAACGUAAGGUUCAUGAAGAGGAAGGAUCUUCUGUCAAGAAAAGGCGAACCACGCGAAACCGCAUUUUUUCCUGUCCAUGGACAAAGAUUCGCAAAGAGCUUGAUCAACAGCUGCCAGAUCCUGCUCUGAGGCCAUCUUCCGAAGAAGAUGAGCCACAGAACCAAGAACAUAAUGAUGAGGGAACCGCGUGUGAGCACCGCUUCAAGCGACUUUACGAUCUUCGGCGCCAUCUUCGAGCGCAACACGGUCUGGACCUGACUCCAGACGAGCUCUCGGCCAUCACAAGGCACACAGCAUGGACUGGUGUACAAUAG